AUGGCAACAAUCGAUGAUAUCCCAGUGGAACUUUUGCUGGACGUCAUCAGCUGUGUCCAUAACAGCACAGCAGAUGCGUCCGAUGACUCUUCUUCUCUCCCUCUUUAUGGCCAAACCAAACAAAUCAACGACCUCAAAAGCAUCCGCUUGACCUGCCGCAGGUUCUCCAAGCUUGCUGCACGCCCGCUCUUCACUUCAAUCUCUUGCUCCAUUCUCGAUGCCGAAUCGCUCGAGAGGCUAGAGCACAUUUCCCGGCAUCCCCAUCUCUCGCAACAUGUCAAGACCGUUCACGUGAAGCUGGGCUUCUACGACCCCGUCCUGGUGGAAGAUCUCGCGAGCUUGGCAAAAUAUCUUUUGUGGGCGUGGGAGGACUUUCAACAGCCUUCGCCUGACGACACCGAGGCCUGGGAAAGAGAGGAGACGACGGAAGAGGCGGUCAUGAGACGCGACCUGGAGGAGUGGGUUUGGAGAUCACAGCAUGUAAGCCGCCGGGACCGCGAGAGGCUCUUGCCAGCCCUCCACCUGAUAAAGGCCGAAUACCGCCGCCGCUACAUGGCCCAGCAAGACCUACGCAAGACCGGCGACGCCAUCCGCCGCCUCGGACAGGCCAUGGCUCUGAUGCCGGCGGCAACCAGCCUGGUUCUGCAGGACGCUAGGCAAGCACAUUCCCACCUCGGCCCUCUGCUGUUUUCAACCCUGAAGGCCAAGGCCGACCCCACCGCACUGGCUCUCCCUUUGAGCUGGACCGACUGCGCGAGGCUGAAAGAAGAACAGGGUCUUGGUGAAUUCACGCCCCCGUUCGAUCUGAUCAUCGACAUCCCCGUCGCAGUGCGCCGGGCGGGCGUCAGACUGACGGAGCUGCGCGUCGUGGGCUUUCAAAUCCCCGACGAGCUGCCGGCGUGGGACGCCAUCGAUCCGUACGGAUGGGAUCGGCACCCGGAGGACGAUGCCGCUUUUGACCUCACCGAUUCGAUCCAGCUGGCGACGGCCAGCGAUCUGGCAGCGGCGUGUACGGAUCUUCGGCUCUUUCAAUUUGAUCCCCAGACAAAGCUUGUCAAGGAUGUAGUACAGGCAUGGAUGUAUAGAUUCGAUGACAGGUUGUCACGAUUCAGCAACAUCAUCGAACGUAUGUGCCAUACGACGAACAUGCGGCGACUACGCCUGGAUUGCUUGUGUGCGGAUUACGACGCGUCCAACAACCCCGACGUUCACUACUAUGAAUCACUUUUCAAGUCGGCUUCUUGGCCCAAUCUUGAGAGUCUACACAUCGAGAACGGCCGGCUGGAGACCGCCGAAACGCUGCUCCAUCUGGUCCGGAACCUCCCCAAGCUCAGCAGCCUGCAGCUUGACGCCUUGGGUCUGCACCACUUCCACAUCGGAGGAAGGCCCGAGACCAGGUGGUCAUAUCUGCUGGACGAGGUGAGGAAGGAGAUGCCUCGUCUGCGCAAGAACGGCCUCGAGCAGCGGGGUUGGGAGUCUGAGCUGCCGAUCAAGAUCAGAAAUGCCGAGGCCGUUUAUGACGAAGAGCACAUAGGCUACAUGGACUAG